GUGAUGUACCGGCUGCCUGGACUCCUCUUCUCCUCCUGCUCCUCCUUGUCUCCUCAGCGGGUGUCCAGCAGGGACCUUGUUGGAGCAUCUGGGGGGAACGACGGUGAAGGCGAACGGCUGUGAUCCAGGAGGAGAGACGUGGUGAAAACUGGAUGUGAAGUGGAAGAACAAAGGUCAUGAUCGACUGGUCCAAUGCGACAGUGUCCGGCCACCAGGAGCUGGGACUGAAACCUGAGGAGCUGCAGAAGUCCAAGUGUGUCCUCGGCUUCAUUCCUGUCAUCUACUACAGUGCUCUGCUCUGCGUAGGAGUACCAGUAAACAUCCUCACAGCAGUGGCCCUGUCUAGACUAGCGUCGCGCACCAAGAAAGCUCUGUACUACUACCUCUUGGCAGUGACAGGCUCAGAUAUUCUCUCCCAGCUCUUCAUCAUCUUCGUUGGCUUCCUGUUGGAGACGGCCGUUUUUCAUCGGGAUGUUCCUGAGCUCCUGCUGCACUCAGUUAGCGCUGCAGAGUUCGCUGCCAAUCACGCCUCCAUCUGGUCCACCGUGCCUCUCACCGUGGACCGCUAUGUGGCGCUGUGCCACCCCCUCCUCCACCGCCAGAUCAGCUACCCGGCUCGAACCAGGAAGAUCAUCGCAGGGGUGCUACUGUUGUCUCUCACAUCAGGUGUUCCUUUCUUCUGGUGGUCAGACAUGUGGAGGAACAGCCACCCACCCACAGCCCUGGACACCGUCCUCAUAUGGACACAUGUGACCAUCAUCUACUUCUUGCCCUGCAGCAUCUUCUUAGUGUUGAACUCUUUGAUAAUACACACUCUGAGGGUAAGGCAGAGGCAGCAGCCCUGUCAGGAGGAGCGUGGACCACAACGAAGACUUGGUAAAACCACUGCUAUGUUGCUGGCCAUCACCUCUGUGUUCUCAGUUCUUUGGGCCCCCAGAACUGCAGUGGUCAUCUACCACUUGUACGUGUCCUCAGUUCACCGAGACUGGCGCGUCCACUUGGCCUACGACCUGUCCAACAUGCUGGCCAUGCUCAACACGGCCGUCAACUUCUUCCUCUACUGCUUCGUCAGCAAGCCGUUUCGCAGCGCCGUGCGGGAUGUUGUGCUUCUAAGGGGGGGGCCGCUGUACCCUCACCGUGCUAUGCCACAACAGCAGGCCCCUAAUAACGCCUCCAUCUCCUCUCUGUACAGUGGGAACAACAAGCGCCCACAGAGGGACUCCACCCCCCUGUCACCUCGCAGGGCCAGAAAGCCCUCGUGACCCAGUGUCCCCUUCUUCCUUUUAAUCCAAAACACCCGUCGUCCCACGGUCCCUGUGCACUUCAGACCCUGGGGAAGCACACUGUGUUCCAGCCAUGGCUGUGGACGGCAGCCAGUCGGCCCUGGAGCUUUCUCACAGGGCCUCAAGUGAACUGAACUCUCAAGAAGUAUGUUUUUGUCUUCUGUGACCUGGUGUUGUUUGUCUUUGUAAAUCAAAUAAGAUGACUGCAUAUUUAUUUUUCUUGAAAAGAAUUUAACGAAAUGAAAGUAGCUAUUUUUUCUUAUCCAUAAAUGGUAAUGUGACAGUAGAGUUUUUAUAUUGUUGCAUUAGAGGAGAAAAAGAAGAGUUUCCUCUGAUUAACACGAGGAAAAUUAAUAUUUUUUUGCAUGCUGCUAACUGUAAUGAAUUUCUGUCACUUCUGUGUUAUCAAGUGUCAAAUCCAUUCAGAAAAGAGCAAAAAGAAAGAAAAAUGAGUCAGAUUUUGAACUGCUUGCUUUCUUUGUUGUGUAAAAAUGCUAAAUGCCCAUAAACACAAUCCACCAUGCGGUUCAAAGCCAGUCGAGCAAAGAAAUCGUACUCUGCAGCGCAUUCUCAGGCACAAAAAAGAAAAAGAAAAAAAAAACAGCUGCUAAAGCAAGUGUUUGUUUUUAAUGAAAUGUAGCUCGCUGGAGAAUUAAAUGAAAGCUGGCUGUUUAUGGGGAGUGAGUGAAGACCCUGCUCCUCAAACAGCCCCUCCGUUGCAUCACCACGGCCUCGGCUCCGGCUAAACAAACUGCAGAUUAGCUUGAUGGACAAACACACACGAACACAAGGCGCAAGAGAAGGUACACACUCUCAUGCAUGCAUGAACAUGUGCACGCUCAGAGCUGUCAGCUAGUACAUUUCCACUUACACCGAGCACUGAAUCAGUGAAGCCUGAUUAAAUCUUAACUGCAUCAGUUGCAACUGCAUUAAAACUACCUGAUAAUGUUUAUGACUUGAGAUUUUAAUGAGCCAUUUCAAUGAACCUUGUUAAGAUUUACAUAUAACACAUUUUAAUUACAGUCCUAAAAGUGUUAUGUUCAAAUUUAUUUUUUGCAACUCGUGUUCUGUUGGGGCAGAAGUAGAUAUUGAUUCUUCUUCUGCCUUAUGUCUUGACAUUCCAUAAUUAUGUUUACAAUUACAGUUUAACCUCAUUUAAUGCUGGUUUAAAUGAGGAACUGGCCCUAACUGGUCUGAAAAGUCAAUUGAUAUUUAAUUAUUCCAUUUGUAUGUUUUCAGUGGUAUUUGUUGCUUGACAGCGGUGUCUUAACCUGUGCUUAUCUAAUUAUAAGAGACACAACUUCAGACUUUAAAAGUUUUUUUCUUUGCAGGAAUGAGUUUGUGAUCAUGUCGCAAUGAAAAUCAAAACACUCAAAUUGAAUUAAA